AUGUCAUUGGCGGAUGUUGCUAUUGCCGAAGAUGCUGUUGAAGACGAUAAUGAUGAAGCUGUGUUAAGAUCGUUGGAUGAUGUAGCCAAUUUGAUUGUUGUUGCCAAUAACGAAGAAGAUGAUGAUGACACCGCCGGAGUUGUUGUUGCUGGUAGUCUACUGCGAUUACGAUUGUAUUUAGAGGUCGUUUGCAAUUCAGUUAGUGUCGUUGUGGUUAAUUCAUUGUUGUUGUUGUUGUUAGUAGUAGUUAUUCCUGUUGUUGUUGUUGCGGAGUUCGAACCAGUUGCCGUUGUAUUAAUUAUACGCCGCCGUACGCUGAAUGCAGGUCGUCGUGAAACUGCGCCUGGACAUCGUGUACCACGUUACUCAUUAGUAAAUUGGGGCAUUUGUGUACCGUCCUCAUGUACCUACAAAGACGUAGAAUACAGUGUUAAGGAAUAUCUAAAUAACAUGACCGAAUCUACCGGCAUAUCGUUUCAAGUGCGCGUAGAACCCAAAAUGUGUCAAUCAAACCACAAUAAACCUUGGGAUCGUAACACUACCGUAGCUGUGCGUUUCUUCCUUAUCAUACUGUCUAUAGCUGCAUUGUCAACAAUUUACGAACGCUGCACAAAAAAUCAAAAACAGAAUGAAUGGUUUACUGCAUUUUCAUUGGACAAGAAUUUACGUUGGCUAUUUAAAACAAGCUCAUCUCCCGAUGACAUACAAGCUGUACAUGGCAUACGUUUCCUUAAUGCGGCUAUGUUAUUAUUCUCACACAAAUCAAUGGCCAUGUUCUUCAAUCCUUACAACAAUCGUACUGACAUGUCUGAGAGUUUGGGUCGACCAUGGACGGUCAUUGGUCGCGCUGCAUCCCUUUACACCGAUCCAUUUUUAUUAUUUAGUGGCAUGUUAACUGCUUACUCAUUAUUCGGUCGUUUAAAUAAAGGACAACCAAUACGCCUAAAAAAUGAAUAUAUCAGCCGAUUAAUGCGAAUCGUGCCACCACUCGCUGCCUUAAUACUUUUCUGUACUUACAUUUUGCCAAUGUGGGGUUCAGGACCUCAGUGGAAUCUGGUUGUUGGACAUCAUGCAGAUAUAUGCAAGAAAAACUGGUGGCGCAACUUGCUUUUUAUACAUAACUAUUUUGGUUUCAGUGAAAUGUGCUUAACACACACACAUCAUCUCGGUAUCGAUACAGAAUUAUUUGCGGUUGCACCACUUAUGAUACUUGGUUUAUGGAAAUGGCCACGAAAGGGCCUUAUUACUUUAAUAUUAUUGGGUGCUAUUGGUACCGGUGCACGUUAUUACACAACCAUUGUAAAUCAAUUGUCUAACUACAUAUACUUUGGCACCAACAUACAACGUCUCUUCCGUACUGCUGACUAUAUGUAUUCUUUCCCACCACAUCGUUCAACAGUCUAUAUUAUGGGCAUUUUAUUGGGUUAUGCCUUACGUAAAUUCAAAAAUGUCACACUUACAAAAACGCAGCUACGUGUCGGUUGGAUUGUAGCCACUUUAUGUGUGUUAGCAUCAGUGUUGGGUCCAGCACCUAUGGGUCAUAUUGACUAUACAUACAAUUCCACACAUGCAGCAAUCUAUGCCGCCUUUGCGCCUAUAGCCUGGUGUAUAUUUUUCUCUUGGAUUGUAUUUGUGUCGCACAAUGGUCAUACAAAUAAACUCACAAAUAUGUUGUCCUGGAGUGGUUUCCAGGUAUCUACUAAGCUUUCAUAUGCCAUCUACCUUACACAAUUUCCAGUAUUCUUUUUUAAUGUGGGCAGACGCCGUCAUAUACAUCACUACUACAAUUUUGUUUCAAUAAUUCUUGACACAAAUGAAUUUAUUUCCAUAUUCCUGGCGUCUGUGGCGUUGACUAUCUUAUUUGAUGCGCCCUUCCAAAACAUAAAAAAACUGCUACUGAAGCGUUCCCCAACAACCAAAGCACAAGUCAGACCCGCAACUUCAACUGAAACAAGUCAAAACUGUGAUUUGAACUCAAACAAUGCACAAGUACUAACGACGUCGACUCCAGCGCAAGCGUCUACGCUGAAUUCAACGCCGACGUCGGCAUCAGCGCUAGCGUCAAAGCACGAGCACGCUGAUUAGUUGGUAGUUGAUUUCUUAGGUUAAAUACUCUUGUAAAAUAAUUUAAAUUUUAUUCUUAAGUUAGCCCUUAGUUUAUAAAGAAAUUAGUGCAAGUUAGUCUGUAAGAGUCUGCCUCCUCCUCUACCCUCCAUUGUAUACCACAACUAGGCUAGUAUAUAUUUUGCAAAAUAUCUUUCGAAAUGGAUUUAAUCUUCUUUGACACUUCAUGCUUUUGUAUAUUUUUUUAUAUUUUCCUAUUUAUGUUAAGUAAUUAAAGAG